GAGGCCCCGCGGCUCCGGUGGGGACGUCGCUGCGGGCGGCCGUGCUCCCGGAGUCCAAGAUGUCGACCAAGAAUUUCCGAGUCAGUGACGGGGACUGGAUCUGCCCUGACAAGAAGUGUGGAAAUGUAAACUUCGCUAGGAGAACCAGCUGUAACAGAUGUGGUCGGGAGAAGACAACUGAGGCCAAGAUGAUGAAAGCCGGGGGAACAGAAAUAGGAAAGACACUGGCAGAGAAGAGCCGGGGCCUAUUUAGUGCAAAUGACUGGCAGUGCAAAACUUGCAGUAAUGUGAAUUGGGCCAGAAGAUCAGAGUGUAACAUGUGCAAUACUCCAAAGUAUGCUAAAUUAGAAGAAAGAACAGGAUAUGGAGGUGGUUUUAACGAAAGAGAAAAUGUUGAAUAUAUAGAAAGAGAAGAAUCUGAUGGGGAGUAUGAUGAGUUCGGACGUAAAAAGAAAAAAUACAGGGGGAAGGCAGUUGGUCCUGCGUCCAUAUUAAAGGAAGUUGAAGAUAAAGAGUCAGAGGGAGAAGAAGAGGAUGAGGAUGAAGAUCUGUCUAAAUACAAGCUGGAUGAGGACGAGGAUGAAGAUGAUGCUGAUCUCUCAAAAUAUAAUCUUGAUGCAAGUGAAGAAGAAGAUAGUAACAAAAAGAAAACCACCCGACGGAGUCGCUCAAAGUCCCGGUCGACUCACUCCAGGUCUUCAUCACGCUCAUCCUCCCCCUCCAGUUCAAGGUCCAGGUCCAGGUCCCGUUCAAGAAGCUCUUCCAGCUCGCAGUCAAGGUCUCACUCCGGUUCCAGAGAACAUUCCAGAUCCCGUGGUUCGAAAUCAAGAUCCAGCUCCAGGUCCCACAGGGGCUCUUCCUCCCCACGAAAAAGAUCUUACUCGAGUUCUUCAUCAUCUCCUGAGAGAGACAGGAAGAGGAGUCGCUCUAGACCUUCUUCACCCGCUGUUCGCAAAAAAAGACGAACGAGAUCACGGUCACCCGAAAGCCAGGUGAUUGGUGAAAACAUUAAACAACCCUGAGCCCAGGGCCAACCCCUACGGAACACCUCCACUUUGCCCAGGCACCACAGGUCGUCUUCCGGAUCAACCCAUUCUGGUUCCCGUUCAAGUUCAAAAAAGAAAUGAUGUAUUAAAAUUUACAUCUUUAAAAAACACAUUGAGUACAGUGCAUGAAGCAUAUUUUUUAGGACAUUGAUGUCUCAUUUGGUCAGAAGUGCUACAUCUGCUAGUAGAGGUGCAUGCCUUUAUUGCUUUUCAAAAGAAUACAACUGUUUGUGAAAUUGAAAGUACAUUGCAUUUUAAGCCAUACUGUUCCCCCAGAUGAAUGCUCUGUUCAUUAUUUACAACCAUCUGCUUCGUUCAAAACCAUCAUAGCUAUAACAGAGUACUUUGUUUCCUAAGUUAAAUCCUUGUCCUUUUCAUUCCUAAAUGUCUUAUUGACAGAGACGGGGUUGCCUGGCCUUGCCUGGACUUCAGGCACAUGGCAAGGCUAGUUAAACUAGUUGGAGGAACCAAUUCUUGUUCCUGUGGGAGGAGCACUCAACCCGGUCGUGUUGAUUACCUGUGCCAGUAGGUUCUUACCAGAAGUUAACUACAAAGCCGCACAGCUGACACCUGGGAACUGUAGUUUCUCUGUGCUGAAGGUGCCUUAGACUCCGUGUCUCUCCUGUCAGCCUCACACCACGGCUAAC